AGGUAGGUGCGAAGCGUGAGUUUUUCCGUUUAAAGGGCAAAGUUGUUCCUGCAGGUUGUCACUGCUAUUGUGUGCUCCCAAGACAACAUGGAUUUCGAUUUGGCUUCAGCUGUAGGUAAAGAUGAUCAGGUGAAAAAGGAUGAUGCCUCUGGCCAGGAACAGAACGCCCUCUUUGGAUGGGGGAAGAAGAAGGACAAAGAUGGGGAUAAGGACAAGAGUGCAUCCAAGGACCGCAAGGACAGUGACAAAUCGAAGGACCAUAGGGUGGACAAAGACAAGUCUAACGAACAUAAGGACAGGAAACAUGGUGACAAGAAGGACAAAGGUCAUAAGAAGAAGAAAGACAAGAAGCCCAAAGAGCAUAAGGACAAAGACGAUGGGCAUGGGUCCUCUUCUUCUUCCUCGUCCAGCAGCGAUGAGGAUGAAGGCAAGAAGAAGCAUCACUGAUUCUGGUGCUGUGAGGAGGUGCGACUGCCAGUUAACCCUGAUCUCAAUGUUUUCUACUGCAGUGUUGAUGCAUGGUAUUUACUGUGUACUGUUUCCUUGUUGUUCCUAAUUUAUAUAUUGAUGUGCCAGACUGUAAAGUAGUGUGUUUUACAACCGAACAUUAAAUAACACGACAACCAGGAUAUAUGGUGAUUGUCAGACUUCUCCCAGACAGCUUUCCUCCCUAGUGAAAAGUCUAAUGUCCACCAGAAGAGGGAGGUGUUUUUCAUUGAAUAUUUGUUUAAUAGAUUGAAUACAAUUGAUUGGCAAACAUUAUGUUCAGGUUUUUUGAUAAAUUGUCCAGUUCAAAAGA